AUGGAGAAGCGAUUGAUGAACAUGGUCUCUUCAAUCUCUUUUGGUGUAGCGUGCGAGGAAAAUGGGAAAAGUGAUGGGUACAGAGGUAGACGUGCAGAAGUCGUCCAAAAAUCGAGUCAAAUGGGAACAGUGAUGGUGAAGGCGUUGAAGGAGAUUGGUCGCAGGCUGGGCCACGAUGCGUGGACCCGCGCACUCGACCCCUGCAGCGAAGAAUGGAUGUCGAGUGCGGCCGUCGCUAGGAAAGGGAUGGAGACUUUGCUCGCCUGCGACUGUACUUUCAACAACGGUUCGACUUGCUACAUCGUUAGUAUAGCUUUCAAAGGACAGAAUUUAACAGGAAGCGUUCCACCGGAAUUCGCAAAGUUUCGCCAACUUAAAAACUUGGAUCUUAGUCGCAACUUCCUUAAUGGUACUAUACCUCCUCAGUGGGCUAAAAUGGUCUUGGUUGAUCUGUCUUUUAUGGGAAACAAUUUAUCCGGUCCAUUUCCAAAGGUUAUUACCACAUUAACCACCCUUGUGAACUUGAGCCUCGAGGGGAACCGGUUUUCUGGUCCCAUUCCUUCGGACAUUGGCCGCUUAGUCAAUUUGCGGAAACUUGUUCUGUCGUCAAAUGCGUUUACUGGAGAUUUACCAGUGGGGCUUGCCAGGCUGACCUCAUUAACUGACAUGAGGAUAAGUGACAAUAACUUCAGAGGAAGAAUACCAGAUUUUAUCGGCAGCUGGAGACAAAUUGAAAAACUGCACAUUCAAGGUUGCUCUCUUAGAGGCCCAAUCCCAUCUUCUAUAUCUUCCCUCACAAGCUUGCUUGACUUGAGGAUAAGUGAUUUAACAGGUGGAGGUUCACCUUUUCCAGUACUAAGUGAUAUGAAGUCCAUCAAAGUCAUAAUAUUAAGGAAUUGCCGGCUACAAGGAGGAAUCCCUGAAUAUAUUGGUGACAUGCAAAAAUUGAAAAAUCUGGACCUUAGUUUCAAUAACUUGACCGGAGAGAUUCCUGAUUCUUUUGCUCAUCUUACAAGAGUUGAUUUCCUGUUUUUGACGAGAAAUAGACUUACAGGACAAAUUCCGAGUUGGAUUCUUGAAAGGAACAAGAAUGCAGAUAUCUCUUACAACAAUUUCACAUCUGAAAGCACAUCGCCAAUCGAAUGCCCACGAGGGAGUGUUAACAUUAGUGUUUUUCAUUUCGACAGCGGAAGAGUACACUCAUGUAUGAAGCAAGAAUUUCCAUGUCCAAAUCCACGAACUCAGCAGUACUACUCACUGCACAUUAACUGCGGGGGCGAAGAAGUGAACAUCACUAAUGACGCGAAAUACGAAGCCGAUGCAGAACCGAGAGGCGCCUCAAUGUAUUAUGCGAGCCAAAAGUGGGCUUUCAGCAGCACAGGCAACUUCAUGGAUAACGAUAUCGACUCGGAUAACUACAAAACCACCAACACUUCAUCUCUCCACAAUGCCACGUCCCCGUUUUCCGAACUCUACAGAACCGCACGGGCCUCCCCGCUUUCCCUCACUUACUACGGCCUUUGCCUCCUGAACGGGAACUACACAGUGAGACUCCACUUUGCCGAGAUUGUUUUUACGAAUGAUAGCACGUUCAGCAGCCUCGGAAGGCGCAUUUUCGACGUCUACUUGCAGGGAAGAUUGGUUCUGAAGGAUUUUAAUAUUGCGGCGGAGGCUGGUGGGCCCGGUAAGCCCAUCGUGAAGAAUUUCACUGUGGCGGUUACUGGACAUACCUUGAAGAUCCAUCUCUAUUGGGCUGGGAAAGGGACUACCGGCAUUCCAGACAGAGGAACUUAUGGGCCGCUGAUUUCGGCCAUAUCGGUAGAUCCUAAUUUUAAUCCUCCUGUUCAUCACAAAAAAGUGAGUGUUGCUAUGGUGGGUGGUACAGUAGCUGGAGCCUUUUGUUUCCUAACUCUGGUUCUAGCUUUCUUGCGUAAGCGAGGGUAUCUUGGAGGAGGCAAAUCAUCGACUGAUAAAGAGCUUAGAGGUCUUGAUCUACAAACAGGCAUGUUCACUUUAAGACAGAUUAAGGCUGCUACUAAGAACUUCGAUCCUGCAAACAAGAUUGGUGAGGGUGGUUUCGGUUCGGUGUACAAGGGUCUGUUACUUGACGGGACCAUCAUAGCGGUGAAGCAACUUUCUUCAAAGUCGAAACAGGGAACUCGGGAAUUUGUCAACGAAAUAGGAAUGGUAUCUGCACUGCAACACCCGAAUUUAGUAAAGCUUUAUGGUUGUUGUGUUGAAGGGAACCAGUUGUUGUUAAUCUACGAGUACAUGGAAAAUAACUGCAUAUCUCGCGCUCUUUUUGGGAAGAGUCCAAUACAAAAGCUGAAGUUAGACUGGCCCACUAGAAGGAAAAUCUGCCUCGGCAUUGCCAGAGGCCUAGCUUACCUUCAUGAAGAGUCGAGUGUUAAGAUAGUCCACCGAGACAUCAAGACGAGUAAUGUUUUGCUGGACAAAGAUCUCAAUGCGAAGAUAUCUGACUUCGGCCUGGCUAAGCUUAACGAGGAUGAUAAUACCCAUAUUAGUACCAGAAUUGCUGGGACCAUAGGCUAUAUGGCUCCGGAGUAUGCAAUGCGCGGUUACCUGACAAGCAAAGCGGAUGUCUACAGCUUCGGCGUGGUUGCACUGGAAAUAGUCAGUGGGAAAAGCAACACCAACUACAGGCCCAAGGAAGAAUUUGUCUAUCUUCUCGACUGGGCUUAUGUUCUGCAAGAAAGAGGCAGCCUACUGGAGCUGGUGGACCCCGAGCUGGGGUCCGCAUACUCGUCAGAAGAAGCAAUGGUUGUGCUGAAUGUAGCCCUUUUGUGCACGAAUGCGGCCCCAACUCUAAGGCCGAUAAUGUCCCAGGUGGUAAGCAUGCUCGAAGGUCAUACUGAGAUUCAGGACUUGUUGUCCGAUCCAGGAUUUUCGACUCUCAACUCAAAGUACAAGGCCAUAAGGAACCACUUCUGGCAGCAACCUAGCGCGACUCAUAGCAUGUCUGUAGACAGCUUGUGUUCGGACUCGACUCGUUCGGAAGAAAAAUGA